CUCGAGUGCAAGGAAAAGAAAGGCCAGUUGGUGUUCCUUAUUUUUGUAGAUGUUGACCCUAGAGAGAUGCGCGAGCAGUCUGGACAGUUCACGCGGAUCGGCCAAAGCGAGAAGGGUUUCGGGCAGAAGAAUGCCGACAAGGUCCGGAGGUGGAGAGACGCUCUCCGCAAAGCUGGCAAUCUUACUGGUUGGCCUCUUGGAGACAGAUUUGAAGCUGAAUUCAUCAAUUCCAUUGUGGAGAAAAUCUCAAGAAGAUUGAGCCGCUCAUGCACAAACCUGCUUGCUUUCCAUUCAGUCGGGUUAGAUUCUCAAGUACAAACCUUGUGCUCCUUUCUCAAGUUAGAGGUUGAGGAGGUCCGAAUCGUGGGAAUUUCCGGGAGUAGUGGAAUAGGUAAGACGACACUUGUGAGAGCUUUGUACCACCAAAUUGCAGAUCAAUUUGAUCGGAGUUGCUUCCUUGCGGACGUGAAGGAUAUCUCGAGCCGAGACGGCCUUGUCAAAAUGCAGGAGACCAUUUUGGUGACAUUCUUGGUGGUGGAGUUUCUGAGCUUGGCAACGAUAUUACUAUAGUAAUAAACCUCAUGAAGAGUAAGCUCCAAAACAAAAGGGUUUUGUUAGUAUUUGAUGAUGCUGAAGGGUUCUCAGAGCCACUGAGCCAGCUGAUCGAGGCAAUAAACUUAGGCUUAGGAAGUAGAGUCAUUUUUAUCCCUCGACAUGAAGAAACCUUAAUCGGUUUACGCGGGGAUAUUUAUAAGGUAAGACCACUAAAUGAUGAUCGAGCUCUUGAGCUUUUCAGUUGGAAUGCAUUCCAAGAAAGAUAUCCCAAAAUUGAUUAUAAGAUGCUCUCAAAUUGUUUCACUAGCUUUUCAAAGGGCUUCCUUUGUUACUCACUGUGAUGGGUUCUUUCUUGAAUGGCAAAAGUGUUGAAGAAUGGCAAGGAGCUUUUGAUCGAUUGAAAGAAAUUCCUCAGGGAAAGGUUCAUCAAAUAUUGAGGAUUGCCAUUGAUGGCUUAGAGGCCAACGAGAGGAUGAUUUUUCUUGACAUUGCAUGUUUUCUUAAUGGAUAUGACAAAGAAGAGAUAAUCAGGUCCCUAGAUCAAUGUUGUGUCCAUGCCAAUAGUGGUAUUGAGAUCUUGGCUCAAAAGUCGCUCAUAUACAUUGAUGAAAAUAACAAAAUUUGGAUGCAUGAUAUGCUUCGAGAAAUGGGUAGAAGAAUUGUGAUUCGAGAGUGCCCUAAAAAUCCCAGCAAGCGAAGUAGAAUAUGGUGUCAUGAGGAUGCUCUACGAUUGUUUAGUCAAAAUUCGGGAACAGAUGCCAUUGAAGGCAUUAAACUAGACAAGAUUGAUGUACAAGACUUGAUCUUGAAUGCAGACUCGUUCAAAAAUAUGAAGAAGCUCAGGUUAUUCAUGAUGGAUAAUCAUGUCCUUCAUUGUGGACCAGCUGGACAUCUAUCGGAAAAGUUGUGGAGAUGUUUCGUACGAAACAACAAUAAUAUCUUAUUAUCUUGAUAUUGGUCCAAAUCAACCUCUGCGUGAAGGUUGGUUGGAUGGGUCCAAAUUUGAGUCUAUGCAUGUGGAUCCAAUAGAUUUAGUUUCUUGGACCUUGGCCCAUUAGCCCAAUUUAAUUAUCUUGUCAAAAGGCUUGGCACAGUUACUUAAU